AUGUUUUCUCCGCCCGUCGCCCAAGGCGGCCCAGCAACGGCGACUCGUUCACGACGUCGCCAACGCCCCGUGAGCUCCGAACGUGCUACUCAGCAGCCCAAAGCCAAGAGACAGAGGCUUCCUUUGACCGAGCAAACUUUUGUCAAUCCUGAUGCCCAGCAGGAUAUGAUCGAGGUCAAGACUGAUGGCAAGGUCGCGACUUUACCAGUCAAAAACAAAAACACCGAGCCACCUGAGACUCUGAGCCCCGUCUUGCGCAAGGAAUUGAACGUCCGCGCAAAGAAGGCAAAGCAUGGCGACCGUGCCGCUAACAAAGGUGACGGAAGUCUUGUUUUGACAAGCACGAACGCAUACACAGUCAGCAAGCUUCCAGCUCUACCUGACAGAAUUCGAACCGACUGGUCGGCGUACCAAACCGCCGAUAUCUUCUCCACAGGAUAUGCACUAUCCCUAACACAAACCCAUGCCCUCGUUUGGCCCUACGCUUCGACAUCGCAAUCACCCGAAACAUUCUCCUUUACCCUCCCCUCAACAUCUAGACCGAACGACGCUCUUCCCGUAGGAUGCCUUGUAUCGCCGUCCGCAUCAUCAGCAGAGCCUGGCCUGGUUGUGGUUAUGGGAGGAAGCGGAAAAGUCGUAUACUGGGAGUCUAUCGCGAGUGCGGCCACAUUUGUCUUCAUGAAGAAGGACCGUACUGGUGUCGAGUAUGCCAUUUCGGGAAUGCAGUCUGGGGAAAAGGUCGUGGCUAUUACCAAUGCUGAAUCCGCCGGGUUUAUUCUCACCUUCAACUCUGGACGUCUUGCAUACAUGAAUGUGCGCGACAGUCAAGGCAGGCCCGCUAUAUCGGUGCAAUUUUUGCGCAACAGCCUGUCGCCCCCUGCAGGUGGUAUCUUUGGCAGCAUUCGACAUGCCUUUCAACAUCUAUCCCUCAAAGGAGAUGUUGCAGCUGUCCGAGCCGAUAGGUCCGCACGAACAGGCGAGAGGAAUGUCGUGGCCCUCACAGGCAAAGGACGACUUCAUGCUUGGAGGGUUCAUCGCGGAGGUCAUAACGAGAUUAUUGGUGAUGCAGACGUGCGUGAAAAUAUCAUUGCUGCGCUCCAAGAGACCGAUCCCGUAUCUCAAGAAUACCCCGAGGAAUCUUUCGAGGCGAUUGACUUCACCUACGUCCCCAAGGGCCUGGAAUCGAAAUAUCUGGAGUUGAGCAGACUCAGCGAGGCUAUGGCCACCGAUAAUUCCUCGGUGCAACACCUGCUGCUCCUAGUCAGCUUGACCUUGCGAAGCACUUCCCGCUAUGCUUUAGUUGAAGCCAUUCUGACACCUCAAGAAUGUCGUAUCGGCAUGAUCCGCCCCAUAACCUCAUACAGUGCCCCUUUCUCGUCUCAAUUAUCCGAAACACCUCGACCACGUCUAUAUCUCCCUCGCCCAGCUUUGGUUGCGUUCGUUGUCUUUGACCGCGCAGCAGUUAUUGCAUCGAUUGCCGUUCCUCCCCAAUCUCCCGAAUCGCAGCUCCAAAUCGACAGUCACAUUCUGCCGGCCGCCUAUGAAGACGUUGUCGAUUUCCGUGAAGAUGAUGUCCACGAGAUCAUUGGCUCUGGAUUUGAGGAAAUGGCACCUGUCUCUAACCACGAGGAGCAUCGACCGCACCGACCCAAGACAAAGAACCCAGCCGUGGUUCUUAUGGUUCGGGGGGCCGGUGCGGUGCGCAUCGUGACAACUGACGUGGACAAGUUCGCUAGCGAUCAGCCACCAAAGGUUUCCGCGAAGAGCAAGAUCGAGCAGGCUGUUUUCUUUGGUGCGAAACAAGACAAUCCCCUGAUUUUUGACGGCCGACAGGAAAUCAAGUUUUCAAAUGAAGAAGUCGCCCAAGCUGCACUUGAGGUCAGUCACGAGAUCUUGAGUUCAAGCACUCCCUUUAUCUCGACCCUCCCGGCUUCAUUGGAGGAUAAUCUACGAGCCCGAUCAAAUGCCCUGGAGAGGUUGAUAACCCAGCUCAGAAUAAUUGGGGCAGAUCUUGACCGUAAGACGCGGUGGAGUCUGUUGUACAACGCCGAGAAGAUGCACGUGGCUACCAUGCUCUGGAAGCGACAUGAGGCCUUUACGGCAGCACGACCUGCAAAUGACAAGAAGAGUCUAAUUGGUACAAUCGUCGAGUUUAUUCACCAAGACCAGAAGCACAACCCUGUUGCUAAGAUUGGCGAGGUUGAUCGAGUCCGACACUGGUUUAUCAAUGACGUCUUCCGUCUCGAACUGUUCGUCGCCUGGGCGUAUGAAGUUAUCAAGACUUUGUACAAGGACCAGUUGCUUGACGAUGCCAAGGUCAAUGUUAUGAUUUACGAAGCUAUUCAAGUCAACACUUGUACACAUGCAUCAGCUCUUGAAUUCCGGAAGAACAAUCUCAGCUCUUACGGCCUUGGCUUCGAGGAACUGCGCAUGGGAAUCCUCCGUGAUGGAUAUGAAGAUCUCCCCGAACCUUGGACUAGUUCCCAGUACGUUGCAAACAACGCCAAACGCCUCGUCGAUCUCUCGGAUCAAUGGGUUCUGAAGAACCAUGAUGCCGGGGACUCGACCAAAUCGUCUAAUCAGCCCGAUCCCAAGGUCGUCUCCAAGAUUUUUGAGGAACUACCGGCUCUUAUUGAUGGGAUGCUCACUUCAGUCCUGGAAUAUGCCCGUUGGUCAUCAACGCAACCUGACCAGAAGACCAUGUCGCAACAUUUCGCAAAGGUGUAUGCGACAGAUCGAUUUGAAAAGCCUCUCGCUCUGGCACGUUCAGGCAAGUGGGAAGAAGGCGCAUCAAUUGCUGAGAAGCACGAAUGUCUCCGUGCCCUAUCCGUCAUUUUGCUGGACCAUAUCCAGGCACUUGAAGAUCGCCUUGCCGAGCCUGGACUUUCUCCCACUGAAACGCAGAAUCUUCAACGGCUCAGGGAUAACAAGAAGGCCAAGCUUGAGAACAGUUUCACGACUUAUGGACAGGCUUUCGCGUUCCCCGCUUACGAGUUCCUGCUUCAAAAACACGGAGUCGAAAAUGUCUUGGAAUUUGACCUCGAUAAGCACAGUUACAAGACUCAAUUCCUUCGUAGCAAGCCUGAACUGGCACGAAUCUCGUGGAUCAACGAUGUGCAGCAGGAGAAGGACGUCGGUCAUAGUGCCGAGACGCUUGUGACUCUUGCGCUUACCAAGGAGCAACAGGUGUGGAACAAAAAGAUCGAGCUGAGUCUAGGAAAACUCGCUCUCCUUGCCGAACUUGAAGAGAAAGCCACCACAGCGGGCGGUCUUAAGGUUAACGCUGAUGAGGCACGUACCGAGGAACAGCUCAAGAAGGUCGAUCGAGAAUUGGUUUCGAUCAGGAUUCAAGAUCAAUUAUACCACCAAGUUCUUCCCAGCACCUACGAAGCUGUGGAUGAAGCAGCUGCACUUAACUUCGCGAUGGAGGUCCACAGCAUGAACAUCCCCCGACGUCAAAAGGCUCAACACCAGAUCUUCGAGGAUGGAAUGAAGCGACUUCUUAAGCAUGAGGCUCUGGAUGCUAUGACACUUAUUGACCUGCUCACCUUGAUUUACCUCAAGCCUGAGUCGCGAGCCGAGAUCCCUAAUCCAUUUUGGCUUGCUCUCUUGGUUGCUGAGAGUAGCUGCCAUAGUGACGAGGUUAAGGAGGCUAAGCGAAUGAUCUGGAGGAGGCUAUUCAUCCGCGAUGAUUGGGCCAGAAUCAACGACACGCAGCUAAAGGAUGAUCGCGAAGUUGUUGAGAGACUCGCAGACACAGAACUCUAUGCCAUGCUCACCGACUGCAUCAGCUUUCAAAAUCCACGAGAGCCUUUCCGGCCCUUGUCUCCCCACGAGGCCCUGGGUGCUUUUACUGAAAACCUAGAUCGCAGGUUCCGUGAUUUUGAGUCGUCUUUCCGGACGAAGCUGAUCGAAAUCAUGAAGCAUGAGGACAAGAUUCUUCACCAGUUUGUCGAGAAGAACCGCCUCGGCGAGUGGCUUCGCACCACUCUUGAAGCCGCUCGAGCAGAGUUGGAUAACACUAUGGACAACGUCACUAAGAAUGCUGCUGUCAAUGAUGUUGUCGAACCCCACAACCCCUUCGCUGGCUCCAUAUUUGACGAUGGGAAGCCACCUGCAGUGAAUCCCAUCGGGCGAAUCUAG